AUGACUGGCACCGACAACCCCAAUCCCGGCAACUUUGCCAACCGACCUAAAGAGGAAGUUCAAGAGAUUGCUUCCAAGGGCGGAAAGUCUAGCCACUCUGGCGGCUUUGCCAGUAUGGACGCCGACAAGCAGCGAGAGAUCGCUUCUGAGGGCGGCAAGGCCUCAUCUGGCUCUUUCGAGGCUGGCAGUGAGAAGGCCAAGGAGGCUGGUCGAAAGGGUGGACUGGCUUCCUAG